ACCUGCUCGUACUACAGAAGCACACUGAGGUCUCUGCUCGCCGCGUACUGCUGGGAAGCUGGCGGACAGAGGGAAGACUUCCCUUUCUGACCGGGAGAAAACACAAGUACAUUGGAGGGAAGGCGUAUAAAUCUGAGACGACGUCGACUGCAAAGGCAGCGCAGGCACUAGCUAAUUCCUAAAUGUGGCAUUAGACUCUUGUUUAGCCCUAUUAAUUAAAGCAGCUUGGAUCUUACUGCUGGCCACAGCGCUCCUCUCUCCCGCUUGGCAAACCCUAAAGCCUGAACUGCAAACGCGCUUACCUGUUCGGUGUUUGCGGUUUUUUCAGGAUUAAUACUCUCAGCAAAUAACGUUCAACCGACGCCAAAAUCAAAUCAAGGGAUUACUAUUGUUUGUUUGUACGCGAUUGACUUGCGCGUCCGUAUGCGCGUCUUUCUCUGUGUUGGAAAGCAAAGUGCUGAUAAAUCUGUUCUAAGUGGACUUGGGACCUGAGCGAGGAGCUUCUCAAAGAGCUGCAUUUGACGAGAGCAGCACAGAUAAGUCUGGGGAGACCAGAUUCAGACUUGAGCAAGCUGAGGGGAAACUGAAAAUCCAUCCAACAUGCCUCUUGCACAAAUCGCGGAGCCAUGGCCCACAAUGGAACUAGUGCAACUAGAAACAGAGAAUGGCCAGAGCACUGCAGAGGAUGGAGUCACAACGUCCGUCAAGGAAGAUGGAGAAAUCAAAGAGAUCAACAUCACCCAUGUGGUCAAAGAGGGGUCAGAAAAGGCCGACGCCUCUCAGUUUGAGCUGCUCAAGGUUUUGGGACAGGGAUCCUUUGGCAAGGUGUUCCUCGUGCGAAAGGUGACCCCUCCUGAUGCCAACCAGCUCUAUGCCAUGAAGGUCCUUAAGAAAGCCACUCUUAAAGUGAGAGACCGUGUAAGAACCAAGAUGGAGAGAGAUAUCCUUGCAGAUGUCAAUCACCCAUUUGUUGUCAAGCUUCACUACGCAUUCCAGACUGAAGGGAAGUUGUACUUGAUACUGGAUUUCCUCAGAGGGGGAGAUCUCUUCACUAGACUCUCUAAAGAGGUGAUGUUCACAGAGGAGGAUGUGAAGUUUUACUUAGCAGAGCUAGCAUUAGGACUGGACCACCUCCAUAGUCUUGGCAUCAUCUACAGGGACCUCAAACCUGAAAAUAUUCUCCUGGAUGAGGAGGGACAUAUCAAACUCACAGAUUUUGGUUUGUGUAAAGAAGCUAUUGAUCAUGAGAAGAAGGCUUAUUCUUUUUGCGGUACUGUGGAGUACAUGGCACCAGAGGUUGUCAACAGGCAGGGACACACCCACAGCGCCGACUGGUGGUCAUUUGGUGUACUGAUGUUUGAGAUGUUGACAGGAGCACUGCCUUUUCAAGGGAAGGAUCGCAAAGAAACUAUGAACCUGAUUCUGAAGGCGCGUCUAGGGAUGCCGCAGUUCCUAAGUGCAGAGGCCCAGUCUCUGCUCAGGGCUUUGUUUAAAAGGAAUCCUGCCAACAGACUGGGAUCUGGCUCUGAUGGUGCAGAGGAGAUUAAACGACAUGGUUUCUUCUCCACUAUAGACUGGAAUAAACUCUUCCGAAAAGAAGCAAAGCCUCCAUUCAGGCCAGCUGUAGCACGUCCAGAUGACACCUUUUACUUUGACUCAGAGUUCACUUCCCGCACACCAAAAGACUCUCCGGGUGUACCUCCCAGUGCUGGAGCUCACCAGCUAUUCAGAGGCUUCAGCUUUGUUGCAUCAACUAUGUUGGAUGAAGAAGGUUUAACAGAGCCUGUGCAGCCCCCACCCCACCCAGUGGUCCAGCAGCUGCACGGGAAGAACCUGCUGUUUAGCGACGGCUAUGUGUUGAAGGAGGACAUCGGCAUGGGCUCUUUCUCUGUCUGUAAACGAUGCAUCCACAAAACCACUAACACUGAAUACGCAGUCAAGAUGAUUGACAAGACCAGCACAGACCCCUCUGAGGAGAUUGAGAUUCUACUUAGAUAUGGACAGCACCCCAACAUCAUAACACUGAAGGAUGUGUAUGACAACGGUAAGCAGGUGUUCCUGGUGACGGAGCUGAUGCGCGGAGGAGAGCUGCUGGAUCGGAUCCUCAAACAAAAGUUCUUUUCAGAGCAAGAGGCCAGCGCCGUGCUUCACACCAUCACUAAGACUGUGGAGUAUCUCCACUCACAGGGGGUGGUGCACAGAGACCUAAAACCCAGCAACAUCCUCUACGUUGACGAGUCAGGGAAUCCCGAGUCUAUCAGGAUCUGUGACUUUGGCUUUGCUAAACAGUUGCGUGCCAACAACGGCCUGCUGAUGACCCCGUGCUAUACUGCUAACUUUGUCGCUCCUGAGGUGUUGAAGCGUCAAGGCUAUGAUGAAGGAUGUGACAUCUGGAGUCUGGGAGUUUUACUCUACACCAUGCUGGCUGGUUUUACUCCAUUUGCCAACGGACCCGAGGAUACUCCAAAUGAGAUCCUGGGCAGGAUAGGGAGCGGUCACUUCAGUUUAACCAGCGGCAACUGGGACACAGUGUCUGAUGCUGCAAAGGAUCUUGUGUCAAAGAUGCUUCAUGUGGACCCCCAUCAGCGACUGACUGCUAAGCAGGUCCUCAAACACCCCUGGAUUAUCCAGAGAGACAAACUACCCAACAGCCAGCUCCCACACCAUGACCCCAAACUGGUCAAGGGUGCAAUGGCAGCCACCUACUCUGCCCUGAAGAACUCCCAACCUACUCCAGAGCUCAAGCCCAUCGAGAGUUCCUUCCUCGCUCAGAGGCGUGUGAAGAAGCUGCCCUCCACCUCCCUGUAGAGACUUAAAACAGCCAAUCAGCUCACUGGAGUCCAAUCAAACCACACCUCCUGGCCCUGCACCACUCAGUCAGCUUGCUCGUGGACGUAGCAUCCACCCGCUAAAAAACCAGCCAAGGAAUCCUGACUACGGUCAUGCCCCCAUCCUUAAACAUCCUGCUCUUGUUGUCAUUCCCCUCAUGUGGGCUCAUCAGCUGCUGUUCCCCAGCCUACUUGGACCAGCAAAAGAUCAUGAUGAUGGAUGGGAGCGAUAAGGGCACAACGUUAAAAAAAAAAAAAAAAGGGGGGGGUGCAGGUUUUUGCCAGAUGUAUUAGUGCCGUGUGGGUGUAUGACGCAAGUGUGUGGGUGUGUGUGUGCAUGACCUGCAACAAAGUUAACGCAGCCAUGUUUUUGAUAGUGAAAAUGAAAGUUUUCUUUCUUGAUAAUUGCUGUAAUUGGUUCUUGCUGCACGGCUGUCAUUCCACCUGUUUUGUUGUCUGUCUUUCUGUUAUUUUUGUAGAAUUGAUACGCUUUAUAUUACUGGUUGUGCUGCCAAAUCAAGUUGUGUGGACAGCACAAAGCCACAGUUGUGUCCAUCUGCUGUUAAAUGUUUUCAAAAAGCAUUAUUAAUAUAAAUAUUAAACAUUUCUGCCAUAAAUGCCUGUUUGACCUUGGUACAACCGGAAUAUGUUGAUUCUGGGAAAUGUCAAAUGCUAAUGUUUUGGUAAAUGUCAAAUUAAACUGUAUUUGGUUUUACAGAGAAGUGUGUUUGUGUGUGUGUCAGUUGCAUGACUUGCAGUGUUUGUCUGUACUGUCUUGCAGAAUGCUGCAGUCAUGUGCAUGGUCUGAUGAUGUCAUGUGGCUUCCUCGUUUCGCUGCUCCUUCUUUUUCUCUGCUUGGUCAAUCUGCUGGCAAACAUUUGAGAUGUCUGUUAUUUUUAUUACUACUGAAACUAGUAAAAUAGGUGGCUUUCUGUGAAAGAAAACCUGCCCAAGGAACAGUGUGGCAUGUUGAAAUUUGCUAUCUGCUUUGUUUUCUCGUUUUCUUUUUGGGGAGGGGAGGGUUUCCACUGUGUUUCUUGGAUAAUAUUGAAAGCUGUUUUCUUGUGUUGGUUGCUUUUGUUGUUGAUUGCUUUCUUUUCUUCUUUUUUUGUCCAAAGAAAGUUGUGAUUUAAAAUAGUGAAAGACUUGCUGAGCAGAUCAUAGCCUGUGGAUUUGAUGCUGUAGAGGUCUUUUCUUCUGUCAGAGCCUGACUUGUCAUAAUGUAAUUAGGCUCUGAAAUGCAACUUCUGUCAAAUCACCUGUUUGGUAAUUCUACACAAACCUGACCUUUUUGUGGAGUACCCAUAUUUCCAUUUGUGAUUUUUUAGUUUAGUUUACCCUUCUGAUCACAUGACUUGUUUACAGCUAAGUAACAGUGAAUUUAAGAUCGUCUAAAGAAGGGUAAACGUGUCUUGUCCUAAAAUAUGUCAAAGGGUAGGUCCUGCUUUCAGCUCAGUGCCUAGGCCUACAGGUGAGGCAGAAUGUUUUUCAUGGUGGGAAAAAAAAGGCAUGAAAUCCUAAAGAUUCUGUGCAUCUGAAGAAGGAAAGACCUGUGUGGCUAAAUAAUCAGUGAACCAGCUGUCUUACCUCAAAAGGGAUCAAAGUUAUAUUAUAAUUCUUAUUUGGUGGCAAAGCUCUCUCAUUUGAUUAAUGGUAUUAUGGUGAGAUGUUAUUGUAUGAUACAAAUAAAGAUUUUAUAUCUUUACAAUAUUAAAUAAUUUAGUUGCUAUGACAAACUGUCUGUAUUGUUUGUUUUUGUUUUUAGUUUAGCUUUAUAAAGGGGUACUCCAAAUUCACAAUAACUCACAAUUCACAGAUUAAAAAUGUCUCAAAAGUCA